GAAUAUCCUCCGUGAAGCAGUGACGCUGUGAACCUACUACCAGGCGAGCAGAGCAGAGAGGUUAAAACCAACAUCUUAUCCCUGCAUAUACACAGUUCCUAAACCAACCAGGAUCAUCAUGACUGAGGAAGUUAACCCCAAGGCAUACCCUCUGGCCGAGCAGGCUCUGACCACUAAGAUCCUAAACUUGGUUCAGCAGGCCAGCAACUACAAGCAGCUCAGGAAGGGAGCUAACGAGGCUACCAAGACUCUGAACAGAGGACAGGCAGAGUUUGUCGUUCUGGCCGCCGACAGCGAGCCCCUGGAGAUUCUGCUCCACAUCCCGCUGUUGUGCGAGGAUAAGAAUGUUCCCUACGUGUUCGUUAGGUCCAAGCAGGCCCUGGGUAGAGCUUGUGGUGUCUCCAGGCCGGUCAUUGCUGCCAGUGUGACCCAGAAUGAGGGUUCUCAGAUCAAACCUCAGAUCACCACCAUCCAGCAGGAGAUUGAGAAACUUCUCUUGUAAAUGUUAAACAAUGUACCUGAACCGUGCAUUGAAACUCAUUUUUUUUUCUUCUCAGAAACUGACAUUUUUUAAAUGAUAUUUUUUUCAGA